CCAUCAACCUUAUCUCCAUUGCCACCUCCACAAAAGUUCAUCAAAUUUCCAUUCCCAUUCUCAAAAUGCCUUCUUUUCCUAGAUUUCCGCCACCAUUUCUCUCCCACCACCGCCACCGCUAUCGCCGCCGCAAAUGGCCACUAAACUUGUCUACUCUCUAACCACUCCCCGGUUUCUUCAUGCGUCGUUUAAAAGACCAUUCAUUUCUGCGCCUUCCGCUUCUUUGCCUUCUGCGUCUAGGCUCCCGUUCAUUGAUUUUGCUGGAAGGAAGAUCGCCGUUCGGCGGAGGUUUUUGGUUCUAUGCCCUAAGGCUACUACCGAUCAGCCAGGUCAGGUCCAGGAAGAUGAAGUUGAAGAAGACAGUAAGAUCUUACCCUAUUGCAACAUAGACAGGAAAGAGAAGAAGUCUCUGGGUGAGAUGGAACAAGAUUUUCUUCAAGCAUUACAAGCAUUCUAUUAUGAAGGAAAGGCUAUCAUGUCAAAUGAAGAGUUUGAUAACCUCAAGGAAGAGUUAAUGUGGGAAGGGAGCAGUGUUGUCAUGCUAAGUGCUGAUGAACAGAGAUUUUUGGAAGCUUCUAUGGCAUAUGUUGCAGGGACACCGAUUAUGUCGGAUGAAGAGUUUGACAAACUAAAGAUGAAACUUAAGAUGGAUGGUAGUGAUAUUGUGGUUGAAGGUCCACGUUGCAGUCUUCGCAGUAGGAAGGUUUACAGUGACCUCUCGGUUGACUAUCUGAAGAUGUUCUUACUUAAUGUUCCUGCUGCUGUUGUAGCGCUGGGAUUGUUUUUCUUCCUUGAUGACUUGACUGGAUUCGAAAUCACUUACCUUUUGGAGCUUCCAGAGCCAUUCAGUUUCAUCUUCACGUGGUUUGCGGCUUUGCCUUUCAUUCUGUGGCUAUCUUUUUCAAUCACGGGAUUCAUUGUCAAAGAUUUCCUGAUUUUAAAGGGUCCCUGUCCUAACUGUGGUACGGAAAACACUUCAUUUUUUGGUACCAUAUUGUCAGUAUCUAGCGGUGGUUCCAGCAACACUGUGAAAUGCACAAAUUGUGGGACAGACAUGGUAUAUGAUUCAAGCACGCGUUUGAUUACAUUGCCUGAAGGAAGUAGCGCAUGAGAAAGAUAUCGGGAAAAUAGAUAGCAGAAGCCCGAGUUGCUCGCAUGAUAGACCAGAUUAUGUAUUUGGAUCAAUAUAUGAGAUGACAAAUAACUGGUGUCUGAGAUGUUAGAGACUGUUAUAUGGUUUGUAUGUGAAUGUGUAGCUAUAUCAUGUAUAUUCUUCAAUCAUAACUAAAGAGAUGGAAAAAUCUCGUAGCUCAAAUUUAUAAAUAUAAAAUGUUUGGUGUGUA